UCGUGCAUUGUUUUUUUUCUUCUUCUGUGUUAUCUCUCUUUGUGGCAGUCGUGCACCGAAUAAAAUGCUCAAAAAAAAAGUAAAUUGCCUAAUUAUUUACCCGACCAGCGGCCAGUGAGGCAUUCGAUUCGAGUACGAGUAUCGUUCACCCCACCCCGCAGCGGAGGUCGCACGAUGGAGUGUGACGACGCUGCCGUCGAACGGCAGAAGCUCGUCUCUAACGACGAGGAAGACGAUCAGGCAACUAUCACGAAUUUGUCCUCCAACGGGGGGCAGGCGAAAUCAAUCCAAACGCCAAUCUCUCCUGUGCUUAGUAAUAAGAUAUUUUCCAGCAGUGAAACGACUCGCAGCCAUAACUCCACUAGCUACCCUACCAGUCUGGGAAAGGCAGAGAAGAGCGAUGCCCCUCCCACGACCAGGCUGAAUUAUGUCAAUGAACGUAAAAAUCAGGAAGCUAAGGCCAAACCAAAAAAGGUUCAAAGGGAACUGACCCCAAGCAGUGCGGUUAGCUCUAGUAGCAGUAGUAAUCUCCCGCUCAGUUCGCGGAUCUAUCUCCGCCAGAAGGCUUCUGACCAGUCACUGGCCAGUAGUAGCAGGCAGCACUCGAAUGCCGCCACCGCCAAUAGUAGUUCGAUUAGUUUGAACAAAAGCUAUAGUUUUACCUCACGGCCACUAAAACAUCACUCUUUCAUAUCAGAAGUACCGGACGUACGGCACAUGGAGCGUGCUCUGCUCGGGUUGCUCGAGGAUUUUCACUCGGGUAAACUGAAAGCCUUCGGUUCUGGCUGCACGAUGGAGCAGAUGACUAGUAUUCGGGAACAACAGGAAAGUCUAGCGAAGCUGCACUUUGAUUUGGGCAACGAGGCGUCUCUCGGUAGCAACGCCGGCAAUAACGAAGCUCAAUCGCAGACCAACAUGGGCAAAUUGGUAGCCAAGCUAGAACAGCUCUCAUUUUCGAUCGAAAAACUCCACUCGAGCAAUGUGGAACAGUAGCUGACA